UGAGAAAAUACGAUAAGAAAUCUAUAUAAUAUGAGAAGAAGGUUUUUGAAUUUUUGUGAGAUUCACGUCAUUGUUGGGCCAAUGUUCGCUGGAAAAACAACAGCUCUCCUUCGUCGAGUCAAAUCUGAGGGCAACAAUGGCAGAAAUGUUGCAAUAAUAAAGUUAAGCAAGGAUACGAGAUAUGCGGUUGACUCGGUGGUGACACAUGAUGGGACAAAGUUUCCCUGUUGGGCGUUGCCGAAUCUGUUGUCAUUUAGGCAAAAAUUUGGAGAUGAGGCUCAUGCCAAGCUGGAUGUGAUUGGCAUUGAUGAAGCUCAAUUUUUUGGCGACCUUUAUGAUUUUUGCUGCAAGGUUACUGACCAUGAUGGGAAAACUGUAAUAGUUGCUGGGCUGGAUGGGGACUACUUGAGGACCCUGUCUGUUUCUCCUUCUUCAACAGAUCCCUCGACCACCGCCAUCAUGACAGCCUCUUCCUCAUCCCCCUUUAUCACUUCAGUCCUCUCCUCCUCGCAACAGAUCUCACCGAAACCCUUUUUGCCUCUUUGCUAUCGAUGCUUGGCAAGGUACGAUUUUUGUUUGUUUUGAUUUCGAUUUUUUUGA